AGGUAUCACCUUACCGCCUCCUCUGGGCAAACGAGACCUGAGUCCAAGCAGGGCUUGCCGCGUGAUCUCCAUCUGCCCCGCUCGUGCAAUCCCGGCGCUGCCUCCUCCGGGGCUGAUUGGAAGCAGGUGUGCGGCCCCGUCCCGUCCCGUCCGCAGGGAGCCUGGGAUCCCGGCCACCUGCGACGGGCUGGAGCUAGGACCCAGGCAGGACGGGGCGGCCUCAGAUAUAAAUAGGGGAGGCCUGGCAGGACGGCCGAGGAGGAGCUUUACAUCACCGCUCCCCACCCAGGGCGGGAGCCCUCGCCGCCCAUCGUAAACUUGAGCCGGAGCAGGAGGAGCUCGCUCGCGAGCAGCCAUCCGAGGGACAGGCUCCAGCCGCCGCCAGGAGCUCUCCGGGGAGGGUCGCUGGCUCCCCACCUCGAGAGGAAGGAGGACAGCCCAGCCCACACCCGGAGGAGACGCACGCAGGCUCCUGAGACACAAAGGAAGCCCCGAGGCCACGCACGGCCCCCGCCCGGCACGCGGUGACGGCUCGUGUCCUGCCACUGCACGACUGGGACGUGGGUCCCUGCCCGCGUGUGCUCCGCGGCGGGCCCUCCCCGCCAUGAGCCUGCGGGUCACCCGGGUCACCCGAGAAGGCCCAGCUCUGGGACAAGCAGGGGACGCCCGUUAACCCCCGCGACGGCCGCCGAGCCUGGCAGACGCGGAGGAGACGAAGCCUUCUCCUCCCCGGAGCCUGCGCACAUGCCGGGCCCCCAGGGAGGCGGGAGGUGAGGAGGACGCUCGCGCCUCCGGCCCCUCGGACCACGCGUGGGCCGCGCCCGCCGCCGGCGCCAUGGGGCAGCUGCUGGCCCAAUGCUGCUGGUGCUGCUGGCUGCUGCUGCUGCUGCUCGGCCGCGGCUUGCAGGUGCGGGGAGCCCACUCCCGAUCGCAAGACCACCCAGGGUUUGAGGUCCUGGCUUCUGCCUCCCAUUACUGGCCGCUGGAGAGCGUGGACGGGAUCCGCGAGCUGCAGGACACCACCGGAGCGUUGCGAACCCACAACCUCACUGUGCCCCCUCCCCAUAACUCUACCUUUGUGCACACCAACGACUCUGCCUACUCCAACCUCUCUGCGACGUAGGUGAACAUCGUGGAGGGCCGGGUCAACAAAGGCAUCUACCUCAAGGAGGAGAAGGGGGUCACGCUCCUCUACUACGGCAGGUUCCAGAGCUCCUGCCUCAGCAACCCUGCGCGCUGCGGCCCCGAGGGGGUCACGUUCUCCUUCUUCUGGAAGAUGCAAGGGGAGCAGUCCAGACCGGUCCCUUCCGCGUACGGCGGGCAGGUCAUUUCCGACGGCUUCAAGGUCGGCUCCAGCGGCGGCCGGGGCUCCGUGGAGCUGUACACGCGGGACAACUCCAAGACGUGGGAGGCCACCUUCAGCCCGCCCGGUGAGUGGCGGCCUCCGCCCCUGAGCGCGGCCCCCAGGGGCGAGUGUCCGCUCUGGGCGCCGUGCGUGCGUCCCGGGAGCCGCCUGUCCAGUCUCCCGCGGGCUGGUUGCCCGGGUCGCUUGUUUCCCCGCUGCGGGGUUGUGAGAGUCCUUCGUGUGUUCCGGGCAGCGGCCCCCUCGUCACACGGCUGUGGCAGUGUCUCCUCCCGGGCUGUGGCGUGGCUCCUUCUACUGACAGUCACCUCGGACCCCAGCGGGAAGGUGUCGCACGCCUACGGGGACCCGGGCGCCAGCCUGGUGCUAGGGUCGGCGCAGGACGGGGCCCGGCGCUACGAGAACGGGGCGUUCGACGAGUUCAUCAUCUGGGAGCGCGCCCUGACGCCUGACGAGGUCGCCAUGUACUUCACCGCGGCCGUGGGAAAGCAUGUUCUGCCUCUGUCCACCCCGCCGAGCCUCGGCGUGACCCCUGCAGCGAGCACCGCGGUGCCCACCGACGCCUACCGCCCCAUCAUAACCAACCUCACGGAAGAGAGGAGAAACUUCCAGAGCCCCGGCACCGUGCUGAGUUACCUUCAGAACCUGUCCCUCAGUUUACCCAACAAAUCUCUGUCGGAGGACACGGCGCAGAAUCUCACGGAGGUGAGCCUCAGGGCACCGGGCGGGGGACUCACGGCCCCCCACUUGUGUCGUUUGCAGGACAGCAGAGUGGCGCUGGGCUUGGUGGCCACCGUCGACACCGUCAUGGGCCACGUAGCGUCCAACCUGCGGGCCAGCCGGCCCCGGGCCGCCAUCGAGGGCUCCUCCUCCGUGGCGGAGUUCUCCGUGGCCAGCGCCCUCCCCGGGGCCGCGAACGUCUCCCGCUACCGCUUCCCGGCGCGGGGCCCGAGCUACAUCGAGAUCCCGCAGGAGGCCUUCCGCGGCCGCGCCUGGGCCACCAUCGUGGGGCUUCUCUACCACUCCGUGCACCGCGCGCUGCACGGCAUCCCGCCCGCCAGCACCAGGAUCGCGGAGGCUGCCGCACGCUGCAAGGGCUGCCCGCUGUCAGCCGCCAGCCCGCUGAUCUCCCUGGAGGUGUCCCCGCCGCCCGCGCUCGCCCGGAACCUGUCGGGGUCCCCACUCGUCUCCGUCCGGCUCAGGCACACGCUGACUCGCAAGCAGCACAGUGAGGCCACGGACGGGAGCAGCCGCGUCUUCCUGUACUGCGCCUUCCUGGACUUCAGCUCCGGGGAAGGCGUCUGGUCAGACCAGGGCUGUGCGCGGGUCGCGGGGAACCUCAGCUACUCCAGCUGCCGCUGCACGCACCUCACCAACUUCGCCAUCCUCAUGCAGGUGGUCCCGCUGCAGCUCGCACGCGGACACCAGGUGGCGCUGUCCUCCAUCAGCUACGUGGGCUGCUCCGUGUCCGUGCUCUGCCUGGCGGCCACGCUGGCCACCUUCGCCGUGCUGUCCUCCGUGAGCACCAUCAGGAACCAGCGGUACCACAUCCACGCCAACCUGUCCUGUGCGGUGCUGCUGGCCCAGGUGCUGCUGCUCGCCAGCUUCCGCCUCGAGCCGGGCACGACGCUGUGCCGGGUGAUGGCGGCGCUGCUGCACUACUUCUUCCUCAGCUCCUUCGCCUGGAUGCUGGUGGAGGGGCUGCACCUGUACAGCAUGGUGAUCAAGGUCUUCGGGUCCGAGGACAGCAAGCAUCUCUACUACUACGGGAUCGGAUGGGGUUUUCCUCUCCUGAUCUGCAUCGUUUCCAUGUCAUCGGCCAUGGACGGUUACGGGACAAGUGACAACUGCUGGCUGUCCCUGCGGAGUGGUGCCAUCUGGGCCUUCGUCGCCCCCGCCCUGUCCGUCAUCGUGGUCAACAUCGGCAUCCUGGUCGCCGUGACCAGGGUCAUCUCGCAGAUCAGCGCCGACAACUACAAGAUCCACGGAGACCCCAGCGCCUUCAAGCUGACGGCGAAGGCGGUGGCCGUGCUGCUGCCUAUCCUGGGCACCUCGUGGGUCUUUGGCGUCCUCGCCGUCAACGACCGGGCCCUGGUCUUCCAGUACCUGUUUGCCACACUCAACUCCUUGCAGGGACUGUUCAUCUUCCUCUUCCACUGUCUCCUGAAUUCAGAGGUGAGAGCCGCUUCAAGACAAAACAAGUCCUGUGCCUCCGGCCGGAUCGAGCUGCACAGCCUCUGCUCGCGGCCCAGUUCCCAGUCCUGGACUUGCGUUGAGUCUGGGGGACGGAGGCUGACAGUGAACGGGACCCGGCCGGGCAUGGCCCCCACCAAGCUCAGCCCCUGGGACAAGAGCAGCCACUCCGCCCACCGCGUGGACCUGUCUGCGGACAAAAUCGCACCCGCCUCCCCCCGGCCCCCUCUCCUCACUGCCGUCUGGACGCGGGGUGGUGGCCCCGAGCCGGCGUCCUCACCUGCACCUCCGUGUGAGCCGGCCCAGGCCAGCGUGGGCAGCGUGGCCCCCCCCGCGGGCUUUUGCGCUUUGCCCCAACGGGGGGACCCCCCCUUACCUCAGGCCCAGAGCUCUCUGCACUUACGUGGGGUUCGAGUUUUCCUCCUGGGGCGGGGUCUCCACUCCUCACCCCUCUGUACUCCGCAGGUGAACGGGACCCGGCCGGGCAUGGCCUCCACCAAGCUCAGCCCCUGGGACAAGAGCAGCCACUCCGCCCACCGCGUGGACCUGUCCGCGGUGUGAGCCGAGGGCCAAGCACCAGCCAGGCCUGCCACUCGCACGGCCCCUCCCUGGCAGGACAAAACCGCACCCGCCUCCCCCCGCCCCCUCUCCUCACUGCUGUCUGGACGCGGGGUGGUGGCCCCGAGCCGGCGUCCUCACCUGCACCUCCGUGUGAGCCGGCCCAGGCCAGCGUGGGCAGCGUGGCCCCCCCCCUCGGGCUGUGAGACUGCAGUGACUGCCCUCUGGGGUCCCGGGCUGUGCAGUGGCCGCGUGACGCUGUGUGUGAGCCUCCCCGGGACCCAGCGGGGCACGAGCUCUGGGAGGGGAAGCUCUGCCUCAGCCCCUUCGUGGGGACUGGGGGCCACAGAGGUGGUUAAGGUCCCCAGGCAGGGUCCCCUGGAGGGCCAGGUGCAGGCAGCUGGGGGCGAGUGGGGCAAGUGGGGAGGAGCCUCCCAAUCUGCAGGGUUGACCCAACAAGAAGCCGGUGCCAGGGACGAGCGUGUCUGUCCACGGGGACGCGGCUAUGUGGGCCGGCCUUGGUACCGGGUGCCAGCUGGGGCAUGACCGGGGUCAGGGAGAGCUGCAGGCCACAGUCACUGGCGGUCCCCAUGGGUGUGACAUGGCGUGACCAGCACCUGUGUGAGGAACCGGGGGGACCCCGGCCGGCAGCCUGGGCUCCGAGGCCACCUGGGGAUGCCACUGCCUUGGGGGCUUCUCAGCUCCCCCUCAUGAGUUUUGACUGGGGCCCAAGGCCACCUGGAGUGGAGGGUCCCUCCGUCCCAGCACAGCUGCCCUGCUGCUUGCAGCCCAGGCGGCCUCCCGCCAGGGCCUCUUCCUGUGUCUUUAUCUCUCGGGUUCCAAGUCUUCCCUUCCCCUGGGGUGGGUGUCUUUCUCGUUCCCAGUGAGCAGAGCAUGUAGUGGCAGCGCGGUGGCUGUUUCAUGUGGCUGCAAAGGCAGACCGGGCCGCGGUCGAGGCCACUUGGGUCCCACGUGGCAGGGCCGCCCCGAGUCCCCACGGAUGGGGAGGGAGGUGACGACGCUGAGCCUUCUGUGUGGAUGUCGACGUAUGGACUCGGACUCGGCCCCCAGCACGCGGGGUGACUGCCGCAGCUCUGGUGGGCCGGGCCCCGUGGAACCCGAGGGUCUGGGCGCAGAGAUGUGAAUAAAGGCCCCGCGGGAGUGUUGGGAGACGCCGUGAGCAUACUGUGACCACCGCACCAGCCGUGUUUGUGCAAGGUGCAGAUAGGACACUCAGACCUGUUUUUGAUGCUGGAAAAUCUUUAAAACUGUGACCGUGAUGUCCGUAGGCCCCUCCCCCCACGUGGCUGCUUCCUUUCGGAGCGAGUUUUCCACGAGCUCUGUGGCCCCCGGCUCAGCCCCGACCCCCAAGUGUGACAGCCGUCCGCAGGCCCCCCACCCCGCCAUGGUGGGGACGUGGGCAGCUCGCCUGGGCGGGUCGGGUCCCACGAGUCGUGGCCCUGCCCCGUGGCCGGGCUGUGUGUCCCGGGCCACCGCAGCGCCCGCAAGUUCACUGAGGCGUCCCUGUGUGCUUAGCCUGCGCGUGGCCACCGCUCCGGGUUCGCCCUCGGCCCCACACGCCAGGUCACGGGGACUCAGACCCCCGUCACGCCCCCGAGAAGCGAGAACACUGUAUUCCUGCGGCGUACACGCGGGUUCCUUCCUGGUGCAGUUUCUGCCGAGGCGAGUCCACUCGGGGUCUGUGUUCCAGACGGACCUCCGUGUGUGUCACCGUCACCUCCCUCUCUCCCCCUAGAUAAUAUGUCAGAGAAGCAACGAACAAAACCCGUCUGAGCCCUUCGUUUCCAGUGAAUGCGAGUCGGCACUUUAUUUAUAGGCUGUGUAUUUUGGCUUCCGUAGUACUUUAUUAUCUGCACGUAAUUUGGCCCCAAAUAAGAAAUCGGGAAGAGUCGUGUGUGAAAGUAGUGUGUAGUACACGAAGGGUGAUGAAUGCCACUUUGUAGUGAAAAUAUGUUGCGGUUUUAUGAAAUAAAAUCUUAUUGUCCUUAAAAUAAAGUGUGGUCUUUAAAA